AUGCCUGCCAAACUCUUCAACGGAAUUCUUACUGCCUUGAUUACGCCCUUUACGGAUGAUGGAAAGGGCAUUGAUGCUGAGCGCCUCAAGGCACACAUAGAUCGUCAAUUCGAUGCCGGAGUUCACGGCCUCGUGCCCGGUGGUAGUACCGGCGAGUUCACCGUCCUGACUCUCGAAGAGCGCAAGCAAUUGGUAGAGCUCACAGUCAAAUACACCACUGGACGAGGCCCUAUUAUCGCUGGUAUCGGAAGCACCAGAUCAUCCGAGGUGAUUGAACUCGCGGCCCACGCAGCACAGAACAAAGUCGAUGCUGUGAUGGUUGUGCCUCCAUUCUACGACCCUGUCACCUACGAAGAACUCCAGGAACUUCUGUCAGAAGUACGAAAAGUAUCGGGACUCCCGAUUGUAUACUACAAUAUUCCUUCCAUUAGUGGCCUGCCUCUUAAUCCUUCUCAGAUUGCCGGCUUGAAGACGGUCGGCGUCGAAUGGGUUAAAGAUACUUCUGGAAACGCACCAGAGUUCACCGAGCUCGUCUUUGCGCACGGCGAACAUGUCUCGGCUAUGAAUGGAUGGGAUACCUUGACUUUCUACGGAAUUGCUGCGGGGGCACCUGCCGCCAUUUGGGGUGCUGUCAAUGUUAUUCCCGAGCUUGCGGUGGAAUUGUGGAAUGCUUUAGCUGUCAACAAUGAUCUGCGACGCGGUCGGGAGAUCUGGGCACAGAUAUAUCCCGUUGCCAAAUUUUUGGAGUCGCACAGUUACUGCGCUGCUAUCAAGACUGGUAUGGAAAUUCGAGGUUAUCGAACUGGAGGAUUGCGAAAGCCCUUUGACUUUCUGAAGAAGGAUGACCAGGCCGAGCUUCGUCGGUUGUUGAUUGAAGCCAAGGUGCAAGUUGCAUAA